UUCUUACUCUUCAGUUCGUUUCAAUCACUUCAACGAUCCAGUAAAGAAAACGUAUUCUAAGUGUUACCAUGUAUCAUUGUUCAAGGUUUGCUGGGAAAGUGGCUGUUUUAUCAGCAUCUUCUGAAGGGAUAGGAUUAGCAAUAGCAAGAAGAUUGGGACAAGAAAAAGCUAAAGUAGUUGUGAGUUCUAGGAACAUUGAUAAUGUUAAUAGAGCCGUUGAAAAUCUUAAGAAAGAUAAUAUUGAAGUGAUCGGAGUGCAGUGUCAUAUUUCUAAUGCUGAAGAGAGGACCAAUCUUAUUCAAGAAGCUGUAAAACACUUUGGAGGAAUUGAUAUUCUUAUGAUCAAUGCUGGAGUCAAUCCUCAUGUUGGCAAUCUGAUUGACUGCCCUGAAAGUGCCUGGGAUAAAGCUUUUGACGUUAAUGUUAAGGGACCCUUCCUCUUGGCCAAGGAAGUCAUUCCUUCGAUGAAGAAAAGAGGUGGAGGAAGUAUGCUCUUCAUGUCCACGGUAACAGUAUACAAGGAUGCAGUCGGACUUGGUCUAUAUGCUACAUCUAAAACCUGUUUAUUACGCUUAACUAAACAUCUUGCAAUGGAAUUGGCACAGGAUAACAUCAGAGUUAAUUGUAUAGCUCCAGGAGCAAUAGAUACAACAUUUAUAAGUGAAUACUCUAAAACAGAGUUCUUCAAACGAAGCAUAGCAAAUGAUGUACCUAUGCAGAGAAUGGGUCAUACUGAGGAAGUAGCAGGAACAGCAGCAUUCCUCCUAUCUGAUGAUGCCAGCUAUAUUACUGGAGAAACAAUUCCAAUUGCAGGAGGAUUGCAGACUCGUCUUUAAACAUUUGAUAAAUUGAUGUAGGGCAAAGCUUUCAGGUUUUGUAUUGUAAACACUCCUGGCUUCAAACACUUCAUAUUUUUCUCAUAUUCGUAAAGAAACGUGCAGGUUUAAAUAACGUCAGUUAAAUCAGCAUCUGUCGUAACUUGAUUUUUGCGAUUUUGGGAUAUAUACAUA